CUGACGUUUGCUGUCUCAACCCUCAUACACUUGGCUGUGGAGCUGCCGCAAAGCAAACGAAACGACUUGCUCUCUCUCUCUAUACAUUUGCCCCUGUCACUCUCUUUUAUUCAACAACUAGAAACGGAUAAAUCAACAACAUGUCGGGAGAGGGAUGGCUGUUCCUCUUUGCAGUGCUGCUCUCGGCAGCACUUCUCUUCACCAUGGUCUUCUACAUCAUCAUGUUCUCGGAUCUUGAGUGCGACUACAUCAACCCAAUCGACCUCUGCAACAAGCUCAACCAGUUCACGCUUCCCGAAAUGGCCGCGCACGCCGUACUCACCGUCUUUUUCCUCUUGAGCGGUCAAUGGCUGGCCUUCAUCCUCAACGCGCCCCUUGUCGCCUUCAACGUCAACAAAGUCAUGAACAAGAAUCACAUGCUCGAUGCGACAGAAAUCUUCCGGACACUGUCGCAACAUAAGAAGGAAUGCUUCUACAAGCUCGGUUUCUACCUCAUCAGCUUCUUCUACUACCUCUACCGGAUGAUCCUUGCCCUCAUCGCGGAAACAGAGUGAAGGAGACAGCGGCCCAUGAUCUCGUCCUAAGCUUCGAGGCGAAGGAGAAGUGUCGAUGGGAGGAGGAAGAAAAAAAAAAGACUGGAGCUGCGUGCACGGAAGAAAGAGCAAGACUGGAAGUGCGUUGGCGUCCUGAAUGGAAAGAGAGAGAAAGAGACGAGGGAGAGCAGUCUCAUCAUAGAAGGGGGGGAAAGGGAAGUCCGAAGGCCUCUCCUCGCCCCUUGAAUACUUUUGUCGUUUUGUCCUCUUCUUCGCCCUUUUUAUUUACUAUUUUGUCACACAAGAUAUCACAGUUGUCUUCUCGCUCCCGCCGUGCUUCUCUGGCUCCAGUCAUG